AUGAGCGUCGUCGGCGUUGACUUUGGGGCCCAGAGCACCAAGAUUGGUGUCGCGCGCAACAAAGGUAUCGACAUUAUCACAAAUGAGACGUCGAACCGAUCUACACCAUCCUUGGUUGGCUUUGGUCCGAAGAGUCGAUACCUGGGCGAAGCCGCAAAGACCCAGGAAAUCUCGAAUCUCAAAAACACCAUCUCGUCGCUGAAACGCCUCGCCGGCCGGACCAUAAAUGACCCUGAGAUCGCCAUCGAGCAGCAGUACAUUACUGCACCUUUGGUGGAUGUCAAUGGCCAGGUGGGAGCCGAAGUCACAUACCGCGGGGAGAAGCAAAAAUUCACGGCUGUCCAAUUGAUUGCCAUGUAUCUGGGGAAGAUCAGAGACACGGCCAGCAAGGAACUAAAACUUCCCGUCUCGGACGUGGUCAUCAGCUGCCCGCCAUGGUUCACCGAUACCCAGCGAAGAGCCAUGCUCGAUGCCGCCGAGAUUGCCAACCUCAAACUCCUCCGCCUCAUCAACGACAAUACGGCCAUCGCCCUGGGUUACGGUAUCACAAAAUCCGACCUUCCUGACGGUGAGGCUAAGCCACGUCGAGUGUGCUUUGUGGACAUUGGCUACAGCGACUACACCUGCUCCAUUGUCGAAUUCCGCAAGGGUGAGCUGGCUGUCAAGGCCACCACCUUUGACCGGCAUUUCGGUGGACGCAACAUCGACAAAGCCCUCGUAGACCAUUUUGCGGCGGAAUUCAAAGAGAAGUUCAAGCUCGACAUCACCAGCAAUCCAAAGGCCAUCACCCGUGUCGCCGCGGCUGCCGAGAAGCUGAAGAAGAUCCUUUCCGCCAAUGCCCAGGCCCCUCUCAGCAUCGAGUCUCUGAUGGAUGACAAGGAUGUCCGAGCCAUGUUGAAGCGUGACGAAUUGGAGGAAUUGAUUAAGCCACUUCUCGAUCGAGUUACUGCCCCGCUUGAACAGGCCCUGGCCGAAGCCAAGGUAAAGAUCGAAGAUAUCGAUGCCAUUGAGAUGGUGGGUGGGUGCACUCGCGUUCCGUCCAUCAAGGACCGAAUCAGCAAAUUCUUUGGCAAGCCUCUCUCGUUCACUCUCAAUCAGGACGAAGCUAUCGCUCGGGGCUGUGCAUUCAGUUGCGCCAUCCUCUCACCUGUCUUCCGUGUCCGAGACUUCUCGGUCCACGACAUCGUCACCUACCCCAUCGAGUUCACCUGGGAGCAAUCACCGGAUAUUCCGGAUGAAGAUACGAGCUUGACCGUCUUUAACAAGGGCAACGUCAUGCCCUCGACCAAGAUCCUAACCUUCUACCGCAAACAGCCCUUCGAUCUGGAAGCUCGGUACGCCAAGCCGGAAUUGCUUCCCGGAAAGAUCAACCCCUGGAUCGGGCGCUUCUCCGUCAAAGGAGUCAAGGCUGACGAAAAGGACGAUUUCAUGGUGUGCAAACUCAAGGCGCGGCUGAACCUGCACGGCAUCCUCAACCUCGAAAGCGGUUACUACGUGGAGGAUGUCGAAGUGGAGGAACCUGAGCCGGAAGCAAAGAAAGACGGCGACGCCAUGGAGACAGAUCAACCCAACGGCUCUGCCGAACAGGCCAAGCCCAAGAUGCGUAAGGUCAAGAAGCAAGUGCGCAAAGGCGAGCUGCAGCUGGUCGCAGGAACUGCGUCGCUGGAUGAGGCAGCCAAGACUCGACUUGGUGAAUUGGAAAAUGCCAUGUACAUGGAAGACAAGCUCGUGACAGAUACUGAAGACAAGAAGAACGAGCUGGAGGCAUUCAUCUAUGAGCUCCGGGGCAAGAUCGAAGAACAAUACGCCGACUUUGCCAGCCAAGAAGAGAAGGACAAGAUCCGAGAGAAGCUGGAGCAGACAGAGGAUUGGCUGUACGAUGAAGGGGAUGAUGCCACCAAGGCACAGUACGUGGCCAAGAUGGACGACAUCCGAUUCGUUGCAGGUCCCGUGAUCCAACGCUACCAAGACAAGAUCGAAGAGGAGCGACAAGCAAUUCUCAAAGCGCAAGAGGAGGAGGCGGCUAAAAAGAGAGCAGAGGCUGAAGCCAAGAAGAAGGCGGAAGAGGAGGCCAAGAAAGGGGCGGAUGCACCAUCAGACGAGCCCAAAGAUACCGAGAUGAAAGAUGCAGACGGCGAGGCCAUCAAGCCCGACAGCGUUGAGGAGAAAUAG